CCACGCUGGCAACUUGCCUCCAUCUCAGACAGUCAGCCAGUUCUCUCGUCAGUUAGUUCUCUUACACAAUCGUUUGGAUCAGACGAGUCCCAUGUGCCGAUACAGAGAUACAUUGAGCGUUGUAUUUGAGUAGAAAUGACACUCGAGGCCCGAGACAGCAUUCAUCGUGGAGAACUUGAGUACAGUAGACCAAUGAGAAGGAAGUGUAAGAUGAAGAUGCUGCACAUAUGGACGGUGAUGGGGAUGCUGCUGGCGGCGACAGUGUUGGUGAUCAGGCAGCGAGAGGCGGCCCAGCAUCCUUCGUCAGGAGCCGGAUCCUUGCCGGCCGGUCGGACUGGCCAAGCCAGCACCCGGCCUGAGGAGCAGGGCGACGUCGACUCGGCCGGUGGGAAACCCACCUCGGCCUGUCGUGACGCGGUGCGGUCGUGUGUCCGUCAGCGGCUGCGGGAACCGCUAAGCUGGCGGGACGCUCGUCUCAUUAAGUUCCUGAAGGAGAUGAUUGAACCGCCGCCUCGGAAGCCAAGUCGUCUCCGCCCACGACAGCCGCCCUGGCAAGAUCGGCCCUCCUUCAACACCAGCGAGGUCCUCCUAAGAACGCUCUUUCAAGGACAGAAGAGCGGUGUGUUUGUGGAGGUGGGCGCCCAGGACGGCUUGUGGCUGAGUAACACCUGGUGGCUGGAGGCGACGCAGGGGUGGCGGGGUCUCCUAGUAGAGGCUGACCCCAUCAACUACGGUCAACUGCGCGCCUCCCCCCGCGCCUCCAGCACUCUCCCCGUCUGCGUCUCCGUCGACCCCUACGCCUCCUCGCAACAGCUGGUACGUACCCGCGCUCCCAGCAACUUUACAAGAAGCUUGCUUAAGGCACAACAAGGUCGCUCACAACUGGUCAAGUACGCUUCUGCAUCGGAUCUGCUCGCAGGAGAGAUUUGGAACACAACCUGUUAUCCUCUCCUCUCAGUGCUGAAAGCUGCUGGCUACACUCAGAUUGACCUCCUAACCUUUGACCUCUCCGGUGGAGGCAUGGAGAUGACCACAGGAUUCCUGGCCCUAAACAAGGCACUUGGAUACCCCUUCCACGUCAAGCUGUUGCUGUACCAGGAUAACCAGUUGGAGCAGUUCUUCGAUAUCGAUGAAGUCAAGAACACCUACACGAACCUUGGCUAUCACACCAUGAAGAUUACAGGGUCCCAUUACUUCCUUUAUCACCAGUCAAUCAACAUUGUAUUUGUCUGAAACAUGUUCCUUCUCUCUCUCUCUCUCUCUCUCUCUCUCUCUCUCUCUCUCUCUCUCUCUCUCUCUCUCUCUCUCUCUCUCUCUCUCUCUCUCCCUCUCUCUCUUCUCCCUUUCUCUCUUCUCCCUCUCUCUCUCAUUCGUCCCCAACAUCUCUUUGUUAAGUUAAAUGUGAAAGUAGAGGUUCUGGAGCACACUGAAUUCUCUCUCUGUAAAAUGUACACAAAUCUAACCCGUGAAAGUCGCAUUUGCCGAAACGUUAAAUUGAGGUGAAAUUCAGUGAAAUGUGUCCGGGUCGUGCAAUGAAAUUGUUAACAUUUUACAUGUAUAGUUCUCUAAAUUCUUGUUAUUUAAUCUAAGUUUAUAGAGUUUAUGAGGAACUGAUUACAAGAAUUUGUCCUUAGAUUGAGUUCACGUGUAAUGCAUAUAUAAAAGGGAUAUAAAAUAAAUGUUUAUAUAAUUUUUCUUGUCGCAUAGUGUGUGUGUGUUUGUGUCACUCUGGAUUAUAUAUCACAGUAAUUUAGACAAUAAAAUUAUACCCAUAGGAAUUAUACGUAUAAUUUAACACAUAAAUGUAAACCUAAGGCAGAUUCAUAAUUCGAAUCGCAACAACGAGAUGUAUCAAUGAUAGAAAACCGAGGCCAUUAAAUUGGAUCAAACCUGCGUCCAUAGACGUAGAAUAACGAAAAAUAACCCAAAGCACUUUCAGGUAUUAACACCUCGUCAAGGAAUACACUACGGGAAUACAGAGUAAUACAAGAAGAUACAAGAGGGUAUGACAGAACUGAUGUUGUUAAUUAAAUGGUAUAUUCUUACAAAGCCACGACCAAAUAUAUCAUUUUAAAGCCAUUAAAUUCCUUACCACUAUAAAAUCGCUCUAUAAGAACACCCUUUGUCAAUACCUACACGUUCAACACCCUAUAUAGGCUGUUGAACGUGGGCCGGCAGGCAGGCAGGCAGCUGGAGUGUGUCAUACUUUCUAUUGAACUUUGUCUCUGUCAACCAGAAAGUUCAACUCCAAGUUCGCUAUAGUUUGCUGAACUCUCAGGUGGGACACCGAGUCGGACGUAGCUGGUAUUUCGGACGCGUUUUUUUUCCUCUCCCUCUCUCUCUCUCUGCCUCUGAGUGUGAAGGGCGAGUGAAUGUGAUCAGGAAGGAAGGUUAAAUGUCUCGUUCUGAACACAUCU